CGCCUGUAAUCCCAGCACUUUGGGAGGCCAAGACGGGAAGAUCGCUUGAGCCCAGAAGUUGGAGGCCAGCCUGGGCAACAUAAAGAGACCCUUGCUCUCUGCAAAAAAUGGAAAAAUGUCUCAGCUACCCAGAAGACUGAGGUGGGAGGAUCGCUUGAACCCAGGGGUUCGAGGUUGUCGUGAGCUAUGAUCUCACUACUGCACUACAGCCUGGGAGGCAGAACGAGACCUCCUCUCUCUCAAAAAACAAAAACAAAAAACCCCACAAAAAAACAGCUCCGACGCCGGCUCCUCCGGGAAGCCUUCCCUGACGACACACACGCGCACGCGCGUGCGCACUACCCAGGGGAGUCAGGCGCCUCUAAUGUGAGCCCAUAAGACCCAGUGCGCCCUCCAUCUCCUCGGCCCCUACGCCUCACGCAAGGAAGGGUCUAGCGGCCGCAAUAACCACGCAUUGACCGACUGUACUCUAAAGCCCCUUGGAGCAGGGGCUAAAGCCCCGUGUCCGGUCGUGUAUGUGGCGAUGCACCGAGUCCUUUCCACGGAAGGGAAAGCAGGUGCAAAGAGGCCAUCCAACGGAGCGCCUGGAGCUGGGCAGUCAGUCUUGGGAAAGGAGGCCCAGCUGGGCUCGCCUCGCGCGGCUUGGAACAGCGGGCUGGGAUUAGCGACCACCGAGGCUCACCCUCCGAGACCUCCGAGCGUCCUAGAGAGGACACGGAAGCGGGUCUUUUCUUACGCACCUGUCUGACAGUGUUCGGAGCUCACUUCCGGUCCGCGGAGGGAACUGGCGUCUCUGGCGGGUUGAGCACACCAUCACAUCUAAGCCAUCAGCAAGUUUGUUGGUUUUAAUGUCCAAAACACGUCUUGAUUUUGUCUGACUCUGCCACCACCCUGAUCUAAGCCCCUAUCUAUCAUCUCCUCGAAUACCUGGUCAUUGAUGUGGUCAUUCUCAGUUUCCUGCGAGGGAGUGUGACAAUGCUGAAAGAGCAUCCAGAGAUGGCGGAAGCUCCUCAGCAGCAAUUGGGUGUUCCUGUGGUGAAACUGGAGAAAGAGUUGCCGUGGGGCAGAGGAAGGGAAGACCCUAGUCCAGAGACUUUUCGGCUGAGGUUUCGGCAGUUCCGCUACCAGGAGGCGGCUGGACCCCAGGAAGCUCUUAGGGAGCUCCAAGAACUCUGUCGUCGGUGGCUGAGGCCGGAACUGCACACCAAGGAGCAGAUCCUGGAACUGCUGGUGCUGGAGCAGUUUCUCACCAUCCUGCCCCGAGAGUUCUACGCCUGGAUCCGGGAGCAUGGCCCAGAGAGUGGCAAGGCCCUGGCUGCCAUGGUGGAGGACCUGACAGAAAGAGCGCUGGAGGCCAAGGCGGUUCCAUGCCACGGGCAGGGAGAGCAGGAGGAAACAGCACUUUGCAGAGGCGCUUGGGAGCCAGGCAUCCACCUGGGGCCAGUGGAGGUCAAGCCCGAGUGGGGGAUGCCCCCUGGGGAAGGCGUUCAAGGUGCAGACCCAGGUACUGAGGAGCAUCUCAGUCAGGACCCUGGAGAUGAGACGCGGGUGUUCCAGGAGCAAGCGCUGCCUGUUCUGCAGGCAGGUCCUGGCCUCCCCACAAUGAAUCCCAGGGACCAAGAGAUGGCAGCCGGCUUCUUUACUGCUGGACCGCAGGGGUUGGGGCCAUUUAAAGAUAUGGCCCUGGCCUUCCCUGAGGAGGAGUGGAGGCAUGUGACCCCAGCCCAGAUAGACUGCUUUGGGGAGUACGUGGAACCACAGGACUGCAGGGUCUCUCCAGUUUUGCUCUGUUGACCAACCUGGAGUGCAGUGGCAUGAUCAAUGCAGCCUUGACAUCCUGAGUUCACGCAGUCCUCCCACCUCAGCAUUCAGAGUAGCUGGGACUACAGGCCUGGGCUACUAUAUCAUGCCCAGGUAAUUUUUUCUUUCUUGAGACAGAGAUCUCACUGUGUUGCGCAGGCUGGCCUCAACUUCCUGGACUCAAGUGAUUUGCCAGCCUUGGCCUCACAAAGUGCUGAGAUUACAGGCAUGACCCACCAUGCCCAGUCCCACUAUUUCUGAAAAUGUGAAGCCUCAGAACUCCAUCGCAAGGACGGGCAUUUUCACUGAUGGAGCUAAGCUGAUGUUCGCAACCAUAAGAAGCAAAAGAGGAAGCUCAAACAACUCACUUGACGAUAGGACAAAACAUUUCCAACAAAAGGCAGGGGUGCAGGUCCUGGAAUUCCCAGUUUCUUAAAAAUUCCAUGUGAACGGGUCCCAUAUCUACGAAGUGAAACAGCAAUCAGGUCAUAGGGAUUGUGACUUUAUAGAUUGGGAGGCUGAUCAGUUACUGACUGAGGAACUUGGAUGGUCAAGAGAGGGAGGUAAUAUGUACAUGAUAAAUAAUAACAGCAACUCCAAUGUCAGUAAUCGCAUUCACUCAUCGGGUCCUUCCCUGACUCUGAGACACCCCAAAAUCUCAAUGAUUCACUGAAAGCAGCUGAAGUCUUCAUGGUCCCAGUCCUGGAGUGAAUACUUGAUAAAUGUCCUCAAACAUGAGUGCUCCUGAGAGAUUAAGGUGGGAAUUCUUCCAGGGCACUUCAUUCCCUUAUGUCUAUUUAGUAAGUGGACUCUUCCCUGAUUUGGGAAUCCUCAUCCUAGGUAGAAAGGGUGACUUUUUUUGUCUUCUGCACCGAUGGUGAGAUUUUGCAUCACUGCAUCCACUCUAUGACAGAGGACCACCAAAAGCCUGUGGUGACACUGCCCUUACAAUUUGCUCAGAGACUUUUGCACUUUUUCUUUCCUCUAAGCUCUGACCCUAUUUUAGGAUCUGGCCCUUCUUAAAGCUUGAUUCACAGAGAGGCCUUGGAGGAGUCAUGGAGUCCUUGUUUCUACAGAUUGACAAGUGUGUUCAUGGCUUCUGUUGGCCUUAUGGAAAUGUGGGCACUUUUCAGCUACACCUCAGUGUCUGUGGUCAGAUGAUCUGGUUGAUUUGAGUUAAUGAGGAGGAUGGUUGACCCAUAUGUCCUUGAAUGAUGGUGUGCAGAAGAACCAACAACUAAUACUUCUCAGGCAAUACUCACCUGAGAAGCACAGUACCAGGCACACUCAUUUUUUUCAAGGUGGUCAGUCAGACAGCAGUCAGUUCAUUGCCUCUGUACAGGAACUAUCUCUGAGGAAAAACCCAUAAAGCCUGGCAUUCGCUUUGGCAGGCCUGCCUGCAACUCAUCUUUCAUGAAUCAUGUACAAACUCUUCCAACUGAGGGUUCUGGAUCUUUGUAGAACUUCCCCCUCUGCUGUGACUGAGGAAUGGAAAACUGGAGGAAGAAGGGAGGCUGAAGGAAGAGGUUGCCAGACUCUGAUUCAGCUGUGAGCUGCUAGUGCCAUAAGGUUGGCUCCAGAGAGGCAAACUCCAAAAAUGUGGCUGACAAAGAUGAUGUGCAUAAAAGAAUCCACAUGCCUCAUAUGUGCUUUCAGCUAAAAGACAGAGAGGGGCCUUCUAAAGUCCAGGUACCUUCCUGUUGAUAGCAAAAGAUGCAGAAUGGCAUAUAAGUAGAGAUUAAAUGUCCCAGAGAGUUGUAUUAAGACCUUGUUUACUCUUCUUUAGAGUUCAGCCUUUAAGGCCGUAUAGGUUCCAAACAUUUUGUAAAAAUCCAGUGACUCAUAGUAUGUGGUAAAAUAAAAUUGAGAAAUUACAUGAAGGGCGGAGUUUCGAGGACCCAGCAGGGACAGUUUGAGCAGGCCCAGUCACACAUAUGGUCCCUGCCCCAGAAUAGUUAGUGGAAGUGCGUGCACCACCUGCCAACACCAGCGUGGCCUUGGGUUUUCCCACUUCCGUUCCCUCCUUUGUUUGCACAGCCAUGGCAAAUCAAUGACACUAAUCUCUGCCCUGAACUUUAAACAAGUUACCUGACCUCUCAGGUGAGGACAAGCUAUUGAGUUAAUGUGUCAGCAGCACUGGCCCCUGAGGAAAGAUCUUGGCGAGUGUCUAGACUCACAUGGUACCAUGUCAAGGCAGAGGGUGAGCUGGGCGAAGUCUUUAGUUUCUUUCCAGCUGUCCUCUGUUUGGUAGAGUAAUGCUGCUUUUGGUUCCAAGGAAGAGGCUAACAGAAAAGCCAGUCAUCUAUUGCACAUCAUCGCGUUGGCCUAAGGAGGACAUGGUCUACACUACAGUUCCUGACUCCUGGGCUGCACCAGCAUUGUCUAAGGCUAAGUAAGGUAUUCUAUGCCUGGCUGCUUAAAUCUGUAGUGACAGCCCCACAACAUGGCAGACCACACACAGAGUGACACAGAUGGUGCCCGUGUCCAGGCUUGAAGCAGAUGAGAUGCCAACCUGUUUGCCCUUCGAGUGACCUCCACUGUGGAGCCUGGACCCAUGACUAUCUCUUUGGAGUUGUACCCUGAGAGCUGAGGAAUAUUUUAUCACUUCAUACUGAUCCUAUCUGGAUGCUUUUGCUAGUAUCACUGGCUCACAGUCUUGCUUAUUUCCCUUCCCUGGGAGUGUAAGAUAACCUGCUAAGCAGGUAUAUUAGAAAAGGAGGUAUGAAGCUGUCAGGCAGGUGUAUUUAAAAAGACAUAUGCAGUCUUGUCUUAGAGAUAUACAUUUGUGCAUUAGACUCAUAUUCCUGACAUUAGUCUGGAAAAGUGAGAUUAUUUUACCCACAUUUAUUUUCACAACUGCCAAACUAAGAGCCCUCUAUCAUCCAGAAGGAACAUGCUGGAAAUAGUCUAUCCCCCAAAAUUUCUGGUUUAAAAAGUGAAUGAAUUUAAACCAUAUCAAUUCAGUUUAAAAUGUUAGAAAAUGGAAACCAUGUUGCCACAACCCAUUGAAUUCCUUAGCUUUCUGUGAAAGAGAGAAAAUGAGGUUUAUAUUUCUAUUUGUAUGUCAUUGUGGUUCUCUCUACUGUUAAUAAAAGUCAACUUGAGGUAGAAGUCAGAUGUGGUGGGUCGAGCCUCCACUGCCCACAGUGGAAAGUAACUCUUCUCUCUACCUGCUCUAGGAUGCCAGGAAUUCCACCACUGAGAGGAUUCAUCCUCCUGUACUGUAAUGUAAAGGGGAAAAAAUGUGUAAAAUCCCAAUUGGCUUUCACGGCUCCUGCCUUUUUGGGCUGCUGGCAGAUAUUCCCAUUAGGUGAGAAACAAAGCUCUAUAUUAAUCCUAGCCUCCGAGAGACUGGAGGAAAAAGAUUAAAGAGUAAAGCUUCAAAACUUUCUCCAAGUCUCCUUUUCUCUAGAGAUUAAUCAGUGUAAGAUAAAUAGUUCUGUGUGUGACAGGGUGGAGGAUUGAGUCAUAGAAGAGAGCGGAUUUUUCUAGGGUGUGGCAGAGGAAAGAGGGAAGAACCAAGGGUCAGCUUUCCAUGAAGUCUUGGUGUUCCCUGGUGCCUUACGUAAAUGACAUCCUGGAGUGGAAGGCAGGGGAGCAGGAACCACCUGGUCCAAGGGGCCAUAGUUCUACACAUUUCUCUUAGCCGACACAGAACCCAGAAAAUCAAGAUAAUGAGACAAAAACCCAAGCCACUCCCUCCUGUUCCCAGAAUCCCCAGAGCCUGGGAAGGGGAUGAGGAUCACACUGGCUGUCAUGUUCAGUAGUUUGUAAUCAGCCUCUGCCGUGUUUUCAUUGAUUAGUCUAGGUCGAAUCUAAGCUAAUCAGAUCAUUCCCACCACCAAAUGCUGUCCCGAAACUCUCCUAGUCACCGAAAUUAGACGGUGGAUGGAAGAAAUGCUUAUUUUUUCAUAGAGCUGCGUAUGCUCAAUAACCUCUGUGUUUGUAGCUUCCAACACUUAAGCUACUUCUCGUUGAACAUCUCUUUUGAUCUUCAAAGCAGAUAAGGGAAAAGGGGCCUGAUUAGCACCCCAAUUCCAAGGAAACAGAGGAGAGGAGCCUGGAUAGUUACUCACAGAUAGAGGAGCACCAGGCUGAGAGCCAGGAGAAGCCAGGUUUCCACUGCCAAAUUUGGGAUGAGGUCCAUCGCCACUUUUCUUCCUUGACUGUAUCCUCUGAGUUUUCCUUUCAGUUGUGUGCUGCUGUUUGCUGGUCUGUGUGCCUGGCCCUUCCCUGCCCUGCACAGCAGUCAUUCAGCCAAGGAGGCGGGGUUGCAGCUGUAGCCAGUAGCAAAGGAUCAGACACACCCCUUUGCUGACCUCCUGUGAGUUCAUAUUCUAUGAGGAAUCAUAAACAACUUAAUCAGUGUUAUCAGAGAGUCCAAGGGUUCUAGUUUUUAUCAGAAACUCAAGUGGAGCUAUUGGCAUGAAAUCUAUUAAAUCUUUCACUUACCCUUGUCUCCAUGGCUGUCCUCAUUCCAGAAUACUUGAAAUCCAUCCCAAAAGCCACACCUACAGAUCUUUACCCAUGCAGUAACCUCUGCCUGGUGUGUACCUAUGCCCCCUAGAUGGGUCCUACACAUCUUUCAAGGCCGACCAGAUAGGCCCUUUCUAUUAAUGUCUUUCCUUACCAACUCUCUUACACAAAUGUAACCAUUUUCUCCUCUGGGUUCCUCCUAUACCCCUCUCGCAGUCCUAUGGUCCUUUUUCCUCUCUACCAUCAUUGUGGGUUUCUGUGCCUGUUUCCCUUAGCAGAGGUGAGCUUCUCAAGGGCACAGUGUGGUAUUAUUUGUUGUCAUGACCCUGGUCCCUAGCAGCGUACUGUACACACAGUGGGUGGCCAGAAGGGUUGGUGGAGUUGACUUGGGUGAGAUUGCUGGGCCCCUGGGUGUCAUGCCCUCUGGCUCUGGUGACAGCAAUACUAAUCGUUGUUUAUGACUCAAAUGCUGCCAGCUCUGUGUUCCAACUCAUGCAAUUGGUCUUGUUCUGAAAAGGAAAAUAAAAGAAGACAUGUUCUGCCACUUAAUUCCUCCGAAGGUAACAUAACAGGAAGCGACUUACCUGUAGGCUUGCACUGAAUGUGUCAAGGGAGAUACUAUGUAUCUGUUGGGGGAUGUAGCAAUGGAGGUAGGGUUUACAGUGUGCCUCCACAAACUAGUUAUAAGUAAUGUAUAAAAGAAAUCAGGGCCGGGUGCAGUGGCUCAAGCCUGUAAUCCCAGCACUUUGGGAGGCCAAGGCGGGUGGAUCAACGAGGUCAAGAGAUCAAGACCAUCCUGGCCAACAUGGUGAAACUUUGUCUCUACUAAAAAUACAAAAAAAUUAGCUGGGCAUGGUGGCGUGUGCCUGUGAUCCCAGCUACUCAGGAGGCUGAGGCAGGAGAAUUGCCUGAACCCAGGAGGUGGAGGUUGUGGUGAGCCGAGAUCGCGCCAUUGCACUCCAGCCUGGGUAACAAGAGCGAAACUCCGUCUCAAAAAAAAAAAAAAAAAAAAGAAAGAAAUCAAAUCAGGAAUAAUAAACUGCGGAAGGCUGCAGAGACCUCUGGGGAGGAAGGCAUGUUCCCAGGAACAGAAUGGCCCAAGCUCUAAUACUCUAAUCAUAGUGCCCAAGGAUAUAACACUCCCUUGAAGCAUGGAAUGUAACCAGGCGUGUAGGUUCCUUGCUAAGCCCACUCCCACUGCACUAUCUAUUGAUAAGCGUACACUUUUAGUUCUUCAGAAACUCACAUAAACCACCACUGCUAUAAAUUUUAUGUUUUAUGUACAGCCUUUCUUCACCGAUCCAUUUUACCACCUGCAUUAUAGAUAAAAGUUACCAUUGUGUUCAAUAAAUAUUGUGGAAACCGGAGCUCGGGGCCUUCACUGCUUGCAGUAUAAAGUGAUGGUCUCCUGGUCCUACUUUCAUUCCUUUUUUUUUUUUUUAAUUGUACUUUAGGUUUUGGGGUACGUGCGCCGAUCAUGCAGGAUUGUUGUAUAGGUACAUACAUGGCAAUGUGGUUUGCUGCCUUCAUCCCCUCCAUCACCUAUAUCUGGCAUUUCUCCCCAUGUAUCCCUCCCCAACCUCCCAACCCCUGAUACUGUCCCUCCCCUGCCCUUCUCAGGGACCCUAGUGUGUGAUUCUCCCUCCCUGUGUCCAUUUGUUCCCAUUGUUCAACACCCACCUAUGAGUGAGAACAUGCAGUGUUUGAUUUUCUGUUCUUUUGUCAGUUUGCUAAGAAUGAUGGUUUUGAGAUUCAUCCAUGUCCCUACAAAGGACAUGAACUCAUACUUUUUUAUGGUUGCAUAGGAUUCCAUGGUGUAAAUGUGCCAUGUUUUUCUUGUCCAGUCUAUCAUUGAUGGGCAUUUGGGUUGGUUCCAGGUCUUUGCUAUCGUAAACAGUGUUGCAAUGAACAUAUGUGUGCAUGUGUAUUUAUAAUAGAACGAUUUCUAAUCCUUUGGGUAUAUACGCAGUAAUGAGAUUGCUGGUUAAAAUGGAAUUUCUAUUUCUAGGUCCUUGAGCAAUUGCCAUACUGUCUUCCACAAUGGUUGAACUAAUUUACACUCCCACCAACAGUGUAAAAGUUUUCCUAUUUCUCCACAUCCUCUCCAGCAUUUGUUGUCUCCAGAUUUUUUAAAUGAUCAGCAGAUAUUAGCCCUUUGUCAGAUGGGUAGAUUGCAAAAAAUUUUCCCCAUUCUGUUGGUUGCCAGUUCACUUUAAUGAUUGUUUCUUUUGCUGUGCAGAAGCUCUAGAGUUUAAUUAGAUCCCAUUUGUCUAUUUUGGCUUUUGUUGCCAAUGCUUUUGGUGUUUUAGUCAUGAAGUCCUUGCCUAUGCCUAUGUCCUGAAUGCUUUUGCCUAGGUUUUCUUCUAGGGUUUUUAUGGUGUUAGGUCUUAUGUUUAAGUCUUUAAUUCAUCUGGAGUUAAUUUUAGUGUAAGGUGUCAGGAAGGGGUCCAGUUUCUGCUUUCUGCACAUGGCUAGCCAGUUUUCCCAACCCCAUUUAUUAAACAGGGAAUCCCCAGUGUGUGAUGUUUUGGUCAUGUUUGUCAAAGAUCAGAUGGUUGUAGUUGUGUGGCAUUGCCUCCAAGGCCUCUUUUCUGUUCCAUUGGUCUAUAUCUCUGUUUGGAUACCAGUACCAUGCUGUUUUGAUUACUGUAGCCUUGUAGUAUAGUUUGAGGUUAGAUAGCGUAAUGCCUCUGGCUUUGUUCUUUUUGAUUAGGAUUAUCUUGGCUAUGGGGGCUCUCUUUUGGUUCCUUACAAACUUUAAGGUGGUUUUUUCAGUUCUAUGAAGAAGGUCAUUGGUAGCUUGAUGGGAAUAGCAUUGAACCUAUAAAUUACUUUGGUGAGUAUGGCCAUUUUCAUGAUAUUGAUUCUUCCUAACCAUCAGCAUGGAAUGUUUUUCCAUCUGUUUGUGUCCUCUCUUAUUUCCUUUUGUAGUUCUCCUUGAAGAUGUCCUUUACAUCCUUUGUUACUUGUAUUCCUAGGUAUUUUGUUCUCUUUGUAGCAAUUGUGAAUGGGAGUUCACUCAUGAUUUGGCUCUCUGUUAGUCUGUUAUUGGUUUAUAGGAAUGCUUGUGAUUUCUGCACAUUGAUUUUGUAUUCUGAGACUUUGCUGAAGUUGCUUAUCAGUUUAAGGAGAUUUUGGGCUGAGAUGGUAGGGUCUGCUAAAUAUACAAUCAUGUUUUCUACAAAUAGAGAGAAUUGGACUUCCUCCUUUCCUAAUUGAAUAGUGUUAUUUUUUUUUUCUUGCCUAAUUGCUCUGGCUAGAACUUCCAAAACGAUAUUGAAUAGGAAUGGUUAGAGAGGGCAUCCUUGUCUUGUGCCAAAUUUCAAAGGGAAUGCUUUCAGUUUUUGCUUAUUCAGUAUUGAUAUUCGCUGUGGGUUUGUCGUAAAUAGCUUUCAUUAUUUUGAGAUACGUUUUUUCUAUACCUAGUUUAUUGAGAGUUUUUAGCAUAAAGGGCUGUUGAAUUUUAUGGAAAGCCUUCUCUGCAUCUAUCGAGAUAAUCAUGUUUUUGGCUUUGGUUCUGUUUAUAUGGUUGAGUACAUUUUAGACUCGUGUAUGUUGAACCAGCCUUGCAUCCCCAGGAUGAAGCCUACUUGAUUGUGAUGGAUAAGCUUUUUGAUGUGCUGUUGCAAUCAGUUUGCCAGUAUUUUAUUGAAGAUUUUUGCAUCUAUGUUCGUUAAGGAUGUAGACCUGAAGUUUUCUUUUCUUGUUGAGUCUCUGCCAGGUUUUGGUAUCAGGAUGAUGUUGGUCUCAUAAAAUGAUUGGGGAAGGAUUCCCUCUUUUUGGAUUGUUUGGAAUAGUUUCAGAAGGAAUGGUACCAACUCCUCUUUGUACAUCUGGUAGAAUAUGGCUGUGAACCCAUCUGGACCUGGACUUUUUUUGGUUGGUAGGCUAUUAAUCACUGCCUCAACAUCAGCCCUUGUUAUUGGUCUGUUCAAGGUUUCAAAUUCUUCCUGGUUGAGUCUUGGGAGGGUGUAGGUGUCCAGGAAUUGACCCAUUUCUUCCUGGUUUACUGGUUUAUGUGCAUAGAGUUGUUUGUAGUAAUCUCUGAUGGUAGUUUGUAUUUCUUUGGAAUGGGUGGUGAUAUCCCCUUUAUCGUUUUUUAUUGUAUCUAUUUGAUUCUUUUUUUUUUUUCUUUUUUAUUAAUCUGGCUAGUGGUCUAUUUUGUUGAUAUUUUAAAAAAACCAGCUCCUGGAUUUAUUGAUUUUUUGAAGGGUUUUUGUGUGUCUAUCUCCUUCAGUUCUGCCAUGAUGUUAGUUAUUUUUUGUCUUCUGCUAGCUUUUGAGUUUUUUUUUUAUCUUGCUCCUCAAGCUCUUUCAAUUUUGAUGAUGUGUUGUCAAAUUUAGAUCUUUCCUUGCUUCUCAUGUGGGCAUUUAUUGCUGUAAAUUUUCAUCUAGACCCUGCUUUAAAAGUGUCCCAGAGGCUGGGCGCGGUGGCUCAAGCCUGUAAUCCCAGCACUUUGGGAGGCCAAGGCGGGUGGAUCACGAGGUCAAGAGAUCGAGACCAUCCUGGUCAACAUGGUGAAACCCCGUCUCUACUAAAAAUACAAAAAAUUAGCUGGGCAUGGUGGCGCGUGCCUGUAAUCCCAGCUACUUGGGAGGCUGAGGCAGGAGAAUUGCCUGAACCCAGGAGGCGGAGGUUGCGGUGAGCCGAGAUCACGCCAUUGCACUCCAGCCUGGGUAACAAGAGCGAAACUCUGUCUCAAAAAAAAAGAAAAA